AACCAACCGAUGCUAAUACUCCCUUUUUUUCUAAUUAAUAAAAUAGCAAAGGCACCGGUUGUUUCUAAAGGCGAUGCAAUUGAUUUUGACCAAUUGCAUCGCUCGUAUUUGCAUCGGUACAAAAUCGAUGCUAAAGGUACAAAACAACCGGUGCCUUUGCCCUGUUUUGUAGUAGUGAGGUUAAAGUCUCUGUGACCCUUGUGCUUCCUGGAAUGGGUGAGCAUACCAUUCCUUGUUCGACUGAGCAUAUAGAGACUGUCGCCGAUUGCGAGGGGAGCUUCGUUGCAUGGCCAAAGUCGUUGGUGGGCCUUGGAGAUCCCCCGGUGCACACGGCUCGACAUGGCGACUUCUCAUCAAGCAAAUCUCAUCCUAUUCUCGGCGUACGCCCCACUGCUCCUCCUAGCUCUCCCGUACAGGAUGUUGUUGACUGGAGCUCAUACGUCUCACUCGGGCCGAGAUUGUUGCACGAUCAUAUGAUGGAGCACGACAUCACGACUGUUGGGUUGUUAGGUCCAGAGAACAUGGCGUACGUGGUAGAUUUUGGAGAUCACCAGUAUUUGGAUAGAGCACUCGAGACCUAUCACCCUGGAUACUUAUGUCGUUGUAUCUAUCGAUAUCGUCUUGGCAGUUACUUCGGGAACGGCACAUACCUCAGCUUAAGGCUUGACCGGAUUGGGUUGAUGUUCCCGGAGUACCCCAACAAGUAGGGGGUGUUGAGUGUGGUUAUUAUACCAUGCGAUUUUAAUGGCUCAUCGUCACUAUGUGUGCACAAAGUUCUUUACCGUUAUCCGAUGGCAAGUAAGGGUCGAUCCCACGGAGAAAGUUUGUACUUUUUAAAAUCAAAUUAGCAUGCAAACACAUUGUCACUAAAAUAAAACAAACUAACUACUACACAUAUGAUAAGACGUAUAAAACUUAUAAUAAAACUUAUAACUAAAAACAUAUAAAAACUUAUAAAUAUAACUUUUAUAAACAAAUUAGACUUAUAGAUAAGCUUAGUAAAAAACUUAUAUAAUAACUUAAAACACAAAAAGGGGGGGGGGGGGUUUGAAUAAAAAGUAAAUAUUUUUUGGUUUUUUAUAUUUUCUUAUUUUUUGGUUUUUUUUGAUAGAAUGGGGGAAACAUGCUCAAAAGAUAAUCAACUUUUCCAACUUAGGUAACCCAAGAAACACCGCCAAAAACCCGUAACAAAAUUAAAAAGAGAACGAACACAAAACGAACAUUACACGUAUAAUAGGCACUUAGACAAUAUAUUACGUAACUUAUGCACUUAAGAAUAGAAAAGAACUCAAAGGCUCGAGUUGAUUCAUAUCCUUGACCACAUAUGGAGGAUUGUCAACUCUCUAUAAGGCCCGGAGUCAAAGAUUCAAAGGCCUUUUGGUUACUUUGAACCCCCACUCACCUCAAGCGCUCAAACAAUGAUUCCAAAAGAUGAAAAAGUUUAUAAAAGAGCGAAUCUUUCUUUCAUUCUAACUCCCAUGCACAAAGUAUUCAUGAAGAACAUUUGAUACACUUUAAUAAACUUUAACGUCUAAUGAUGAAAAUAUUUUGCAGGUCUCCUUGAACAACUCAAGCAUAAGAAUUGUAAUCUAUUCACAUAAAAGAACAUUACAUAUUUUCAUUAAAUCAAGAGUUGUUUAUUGCGCUUAAACAAUCCCAAU